AUGGCAGUCGUCGACAUACAAGCUCGCUUCUCCCCCCACCACCCUCUGGAGCCGGACCUGCUCUACGAAAUCCAGUCCAUCCUCCGCCUCCACGGCUUGUCCGUCGACGACCUCUUCUUCAAAUGGGACGCGUACUGCAUCAGGAUGGACCUGGACGCGCAGGCGGCCCUGUCGCUGGCCAACGUGCGGAGCCUGAAGCAGAGCAUCCAGGACGACCUGGAGAAGAGCCACAGGUCGACGACGCAGGUCAGGAGCGAGCGCAAGGUGGCUGCCGCGCCCAAGGCCGUGUCGGGGGGCGACGUGUACGGCAUGCUGGAUGGCCUGGUGCCCAGCACGCCGGCGGCGGGUGGGAAGCGGAGCAGGGGGGUGGCCGCCGGCGGCGGUGGGAGCGGCUUGAAGAAGAAGAUGGACUCGUUGAAGAUGAAUAGCUCGCCGGCGGGCAUGAAGGAGCAGUUGAGCGCGUUCAACGGGCUGCCGGCCACGUCGUUUGCUGAGCGUGCCAACGCCGGCGACGUUGUCGAAAUCCUAAACGCCCAGCUGCCGCCGUGCGAGGCCCCUCUCGCGCCUUUCCCCGAGCCCCGGAUCAAGCUGACGGCGGCGUCGGACCAGAAGAAGAUGGCCUACAAGCCGCUGGCGGUCAAGCUCUCCGAGGCGAGCGAGGUGCUCGACGACCGCAUAGACGAGUUCGCGGCCCUGGUGCAGGACUACCACGGGCUGGAAGACUCGGCGUUUGGGAGCGCCGCGAGCCAGGGGACCACCGAGGUCGUGGCCGUGGGCAGGAUCGCCUCGGACGCCAUGGAGGGCAAGCUCAACGCCGCGGCGCUGGUGCUGGAGACGUCGCGGCGGACCGGCAUGGGGCUGCGCGUGCCGCUCAAGAUGCACAAGGUGCCGUCGUGGAGCUUCUUCCCCGGCCAGGUGGUUGCCCUGCGAGGCACCAACGCCACCGGGGGCGAGUUUGUGGUUGAGCAGGUGCUCGACGUUCCGCUGCUGCCCAGCGCGGCCUCGACGCCGUCCGCGCUGGAGGCACACCGCGCCAGGAUGAGCGGCGUCCCCCCCGGCGGAGGAGCAGCGGCGGCGACGACGGACUCGGAUGCUGCCGCGCCCGCGCCCGCGCCCGCACCGCUGACCAUACUCUACGCGGCCGGGCCGUACACGGCCGACGACAACCUCGACUACGAGCCGCUGCACGCGCUGUGCUCCCAGGCCGCCGACGCGCUGGCCGACGCGCUCGUCCUCGCCGGGCCGUUCCUCGACAUCGACCACCCCCUCGUCGCGGCGGGCGACUUUGACCUGCCGCCGGAGGACGAGGCCGCCCUGGACCCGGACACGGCCACCAUGUCGGCCGUGUUCAGGCACCUCGUGGCGCCGGCGCUGAACCGGGCGUGCGCCGCCAACCCGCACCUGACGGUCGUCCUGGUCCCCUCUGUGCGCGACGUGCUCGCCAGGCACGUCUCGUGGCCGCAGGACGCGAUUGCGCGCAAGGAGCUGGGGCUCGCCAAGGCGGCCCGCAUCGUCUCCAACCCCAUGACGCUGUCCAUGAACGAGGUGGUGGUGGGCGUCUCGUCCCAGGACGUCCUGCACGAGCUGCGCAACGAGGAGUGCUCCAGGGCCUGCCCGCCGGGCGACUUGAUGGGCCGGCUGUGCCGCUACCUGGUCGAGCAGCGGCACUAUUUCCCGCUGUUCCCGCCCACGGACCGGGCCAGGCUGCCCAGGACGGGGACGCAGAGCGGCCUGGCGACCGGCGCGGUCCUGGACCCGAGCUACCUGCGGCUGGGGGAGAUGGUCAACGUGCGGCCCGACGUCAUGGUCGUGCCGAGCUCCUUGCCGCCGUUUGCAAAGGUCGUGGAAAGCGUGCUGGCCAUCAACCCGGGGCCGCUGUCCAAGCGCAAGGGCGCAGGGACGUUUGCUCGCAUGACGCUUCAUGCGCCGCCUGUGGGGGGCGGGAGCGAAAUGACGAGCCAUAGAGUAUUCGACCGGGCAAGAGUCGAAAUUGUCAGGAUUUGA